CACAUCAUGGCACCACUCAAGAAACCAUUACCACGAAAGAGAGAGGAUGAAAAUACCAAAGACAGGGCAAUUAAGGCUGCGUCUGUAACAGCAUUAUCGCUUUUGUUUUUACUCUUAUGGGGAUAUCAGGCCUUAUGGGCCAUUGGGGUGAUUUUCGAUAACAGAUUUGGCAGUUUGGUUAAUAACUUGGUUUUUGGAAUUGGCUCAUUGAUUGCGAGUGGAGGGAUAGCCAUCAAAGUGGUUACAUACUUGAACGAUCGACUUUUAACUGACACGAUUGAUGCCGAUCAUAAGAAAUAUAUCUAACGUUUUGUAAAUAAUAGUAAUAUAG